UUUCUCUCUUUUCUUCUCUUCUCUGCUGGUGAACAGAGUUGGAACACGAGGCAGGGCAGGGAUGGCCGUAGUGUUAGGCAACUUGGCGGUCUUGGUAUCCACUAGUUCGCCAUGGGCCGGAAUUCCAGAUCGGAAGGCUUGGCCGGUGAUCUUCGACAUGGUUAUGAACAUGCCCAGGAGAGAGAGGGAAUCACACUCUCUCUUGCACAAUAUCAACGGUGCCAGCGUCUCUACUUCUCUUGCAGCAUCCAAGAGCUUCGAUCCUGAUGGAGAAGCCAAGAAUUUUUGGAUUGGCGAUCGACACAGAGCUAAUUCCAAGUCUAAUACCUUCGAUUUUGAUGCCUAUUCGAGUGACGAGGACAACGGUAACAAUGGGAAUGGAGAUGAGGACAACAACGAGUACGAUUGGGAGAAACAGAUGCGGAAGAGAGUGAAGGAGUUGGAGGAGAUGAAAGAGCUUGAGAAGAAAGCAGAGGAGUUGCAGAGUCAAAUGUCCGACGGUGAAGGUGAUGGCGAUGGCGAAGGCAAAGAAGAGACGGAAGAAGAGAAGAGGAUGAGAGUGAAAAGAGCGCUCGAAAAGGUUUGUCAUAAUAGUUAAUUUUACGAU